AUGUUUGUGUUUAGUCUUUUCUCUCGCCUCAACCUCCGCGGCGGUCACCCUCUGUCAGCUCCGCCCUCUUCCAGAGGUGGGACGGCGUCGCAGCAGAGGGGGUUUCUGGGAUGCAUUCGAACCCUGGUUGUUAAUGGUGUGAACUUUGAUCUGGAGGAGCGGGCGAAGAUGACGCCCGGGGUGAGCUCUGGAUGCCCCGGAUACUGCAGCGGCUCCAGCAGCCUCUGCCACAACCGCGGCCGCUGCAUCGAGAAGAGCAGCGGAUACGUCUGCGAUUGCUCCCAGUCGGCAUACGGGGGCGCCACCUGCGACCAAGAGGUGUCCGUGUCCUUUGAGCGCGAGUCGUCGGUGACCUACACGUUCCAGGAGCCCUUCUCUGUGAUGCAUUCUGGGAACUCCCCGGCCUCCAGCGCGUCCACGGAGAGCCUGAGCCGCGCCCGGGAGGACAUGGCCUUCAGCUUCAGCACCAGCCACAGCCCGGCCAUGCUGCUCACACUCAGCACCUUCAGCCAGCAGUACAUCGCCGUCAUCCUCACCCGGAACGGGAGUCUGCAGAUCUGGUAUCAUCUGAAGAAGAGCAUAGAUCCAGACGUACUCAGCCCUGGCUCCGGUAACUUAGCCGACGGACGCCUUCACAGGAUCCGCAUCCACAGAGUCAGCGGCAGUGUCUACAUCCAGGUGGGUUCAACAGACACCACUGACACUUUACUGCCUCAUUCAGGUGGGUUCCACAGACACCACUGA